AUGUUUAGUUGUGAAAACCUUCGAUCAAAACAGAAAUUUCAUCCCAUAUCUACGAGAAUAUGUUUGACCAAAGACAAUUUAAUUGAACUAUUAAACAAUAAUGUGAACAUAAGAAAAUUAUUACCCUAUAGUACAAAAAAUUUAAAGACAAUUGCAGUAGAAAAAAUCAAAGAUAAAGAUAUUGUCAAAAAAUUACAAACAAUUAACAAUAAACACGUCUUAUCUGAUUUUUUAUUCAAUUGGGUUCUAAAUAAUUCUGUUCAAUUCAUAGUUAAUAGUGAAGAAUUAGAAAUUAGAAAUACAAUAAAGAAUGUAUUAAACGAUUUGCUUAUUGAAAUGGCACAUAUUGAUGAUCGCUUUUCUGAUAGUCAAUUAAUACCAUCUGGUAGUGGUUUCGAAGGUUUUAAAAUGGAUAAACCAGAUGAAUUUGAUUUUUUAUAUGAGUUUGGUAAAAAUGAUUUUAUUGUAGAAAAAACUAUUCAUUUUAUCGAGACAAGUGUUCCAUGUUUUAUUAAAGUAGUUGUUGAUGAUAUUCAUAUUCAAUUAAAAUGGAAAGAGUUUAUAGAUAACAAUGAAAAAUUAUUAAAUGCAUCAAAACUUCGUCUAUAUAUUGUUCUAUUAAUGCAACAAUCAUCAUUUACAAAUAAAUUUCGAUAUAAAUGGUGGAAACAUCAAUAUUUAAAAUUUAAUCUUGUACCCUAUCAUGAAAAUUGUCAACAUUGUUUAACAUUUGUCAAUCAAAGUAAAGUGGGUGCUAUAUUACAUGUACAAUGGAAUGGAAAAAAAUAUAAAAAUCUUCAUAUUUCAAUUGAUAUUGCACCAGCUAUACCAGUACUAAAUCAAUGGCCAUCUAAUGCUAAUCAACAUUCAUUACCUGUGAUUGAAAUAAAUGAUCUCACACAAUGGGGUUAUCAUGUUGUUACUAAAGCAGAUUAUAAUUUAUCUGAUACGUUUUCUUGGAGAAUAUCAUUUUCAUUAUGCGAAUAUCAAAUAUUUUCUCGAUUAAAUCUAUGUCAAUCAGCAUGUUUUGCUAUAUUGAAAUUACUACGUAUACCAUUUGAAGAUACAUUAACAACAUGGAUAUGGAAGUCAAUGUUUUUUCAACAGUUACAAAUAACAAACAAAAGUGAUUGGGAUAGUGAACAACUGAGUGAACGUGUUAGUAAUUGUUUAUCAUGUAUAUGGCCUGAUGAGUUAGCGAUUGAACCACUUAGUGUUCAAUCAUUUUUUAUUCAUACUCAAAGUAUUGAUCCGACUGAUGCGACACGAGGUUAUAAUACAAAAAAUAUUUUUCUUUCUUUAUGUCACUUAAAACUAAUACAAAAACAAUUUCUUAGAAUUAUAAAGAAUGUUUAG